AGGGUGCUCUGUCCAGCAGUCUUCCACCUCCUCCUUCUUCUCCGCCCAUCACCUAGCUAUGUCGGACGACAUUCUGAAACGACUCAGCGCCUUGACCCUCAGCAUCAAGCACCUCAGCCGUCUGCCCCGCUUCUCCAACUUUAUACCAUCUUGCCUUCCAUCACCCGGCUCUACCGUCACCGCCUCCCAGGUCCCCAUUCUGUUCCGAGAGCCCUACAUCCUGUCAGGCUACCGUCCGGUCCAGCAGCACUGGCAUUUCUACCUCCUCAGCCUCUUCCAGAGACACAAUGAAUCCCUAAAUGUGUGGACUCACUUGUUGGCGGUCCCUGUGCUGCUGCUCCGCUGGUGGGCCAACGUAGGUGCCCUGGGGUACACCUUGGAUGCUGUUUCUCUACCUCUGAGCCUCUUCCUGCUGUCCUCCCUCACCUAUUUGCUCCUCAGCGUGGCAGCUCACCUCUUACAGUCUCACUCUGAACAUGCACACUAUUUCUUCUUCUUCAUGGACUACGUGGGUGUAGCUGUGUAUCAGUACGGAUGCUCCCUCGGACAUUAUUUCUACACGUCAGAGGCAACAUGGAGAGAAAGCUAUGUCGGGCUGCUGUUUCUACCUGGAGCUGCCUUUUUUGGGUGGCUUUCUUGUGCAGGCUGCUGUUUCGCUAAGUCCAGGUACAGACGGCCGUAUCCGUUGCGGCGUAAAAUCUGCCAGCUAAUCCCUACCACUCUAGCAUACAUGCUGGGCAUCAGCCCCGUCGUCCAUCGCCUUUUUACCGUCUCCUGGACACAGGAGCCCUCGAUGUCCUUCCACGCCCUCCAGAUUGUCACUUUCCUCCUUUCCGCCCUCUUCUUCUCCUGUCCCAUCCCUGAGCGCUUCCUCCCGGGCCGCUGUGACUUUGUGGGACAGGGCCACCAGAUCUUCCACCUGUUUUUGUCCUUGUGCACCGUGUCCCAGCUGGAGGCUCUGUUCCACGACUACUCCAAGCGCAGAGAUGCAGUGAUGGAGGUUUUUGGAGAGAGGCAGCUGUGGUGGGCUUGUGUAUCCUUCCCUGCCCUGAUCCUGUGUUGCAUCUUGACAGCACUCAUCACAAUGAGGCACAUCACAAAGCAACUGCAGGAUAAACAAGAUGAAGACAAGCGUUUGUAGAUGUGUGUGUGUCAGACAAAGAGAGGGGGUGGGUUUAAAUAUACGUAAUAAUAAAAUAAAGCCAUCUUUGUAUUGUUUUUUAACAAUCAGUUUGUCAGUGAAAAAUGUGACUACUA